CCUGCCACCUAUCUCACAACACAACAUAUAUGCAGAAGAUUUGAGAGUAGGACUGUGAUAGGUGGUAUAUAGGGAAACCGCGGGGAGCCCACAAGGAAGAUCUGUAUAACUGCGGAAUGUGAAGAUACGGGACGACGAUUAUAGGGAGAGGAGGAGAUAUCGUUCAAUACUUGCCGUGCCGCCAUACUUUGUUUCCUUGCUAAGUUCCGAUUGGAAUUGGGAAUUGAUUGAUUUUAGGUGCGCAAGCCUGUGUGUGUUUGUAUGGUUUUGGGGCUUGUAGAGAAUCGCUGGCAGAAUCUCGCGUCUCUGCAUUGGCCGUUUGGUCUCGUUGUUGGAGCUAAUUUGUACGCUCGAGCGAGGGAGUUUGUUGUGUAGGAGAAUCAGGGAUUUGAAAGGGGAAAAACAUGCUGGAAUUGAGAGACAGGCGGAGCUGCUACCCGGAGGCGGUGGCGGGAGUGAAUGUCGGGCUGGCUUUUGUUGAUGGUGUGAUUGCGUUUCUUGCUUUCUAUAAGGCACUGCACUCUGCUGUUGAUUCUUGGAGUAUUUUUCUUUUUAGUCACUGGUUUCCCAUAAUCUAUUCUGCAGUUGAUAAGGAUACAUGCAAGGAAUUCACAGAUUGGAUGGACCCGUCAGAAAGUUACUUGCUUCAUUUUGUAUUAGCUCUUGUGGCUGCUUGUAAAGGUUGGGUUUGCUGGUCUCAUUCCUGUGGUUUCUUCGUAAUGGCCAUCCCCAGAAUUCUUUUUAUUGCUGCAUUUCUACUUCUGCUAUCAUUUUGGGUUGACCUUUGCCAUCAGUCAAAUGAUGACGACGACGAUGAAGAAGACAAUUCCCAAGAACUUUUGCUGGAAAAGGGGAAGCAAGCUAAUUCUAAAGCUAUUUGCCGUAGAUGCUGCUCCUUCAGGUCUUCUCUCCAUAUAGGAAGCCGCCAGAAAGUAGUGAUUCUGGUUAUUGUGAUAAUUUUUUCAAUGAUGAUAACAUCAGCUGUUCUCAUACAUAUUGCAAUGCGAAAGAACCCUGUUGAAACUACUGUUAUUGCUCAGGUAUAUGUGGAUCUCAUUGCUGUAAUUGUUCUUUUGCUGGGUGGAGCCUUGGCAUUCUACGGAUUCAUAUUGUUCUUUAAAAUGAAACAAGUGAGAUCCGAGUGGGCUUCAUCAGAAAUGUGGAAGGUCGCCAGUCUGGCAGUUGUCUGUGUGAUAAGUUUUUCCUCAAGUGCUCUGAUUGCAAUAACUACAAACAUACCUCUGUUUUAUCGCUGGAAUGGGUGGGAAAUAGAUGUUCUCUACACCUCUCUUCUACUGGUGCUGUACUAUUUCAUUGGUUCAUCAGUUCCCUCAGCUUUCAUUCUAUUUGUGAUGAGGGAAUUGCCACCACCAGCUGUGAUCCAAAGACAAGAAUCAGAAGGAACUAUAGCAUUUAUAAGUGAGGGUACCAUGGUGACACCUUAUCCAAGGUGCUGGACUGCUGCAACAAGUGCUCAGGUUUCGAGAGCGAGUCCAAUAUGAAAUAAAUAUACGCACAAAGAAAGGAAAGACCGUCAAGAUUCUAAACAUCAGACAAAGAAAGCUCGAUAGCAAGCAGGAUUAGAAGCUUUACAACUUCAGGCAAUGAAAGUUCGAUACAGUAACCUUCCCAUGUUUUGGUCGGCAAUAGUUAUUGUACAUAUUAGUGUGCUAAUCUUGAAAACACCAUGUUGGUUCAUUUGUGACUCGUUAGACUGGUUAAAGCUUUAGUUCUUACUUCA